UACUAAACUAAUGAAGACCAAGAUAGAGAAAGUUUAAAAGCUCUAGAUCUAGAAGAAGCAAGCCUACAUAGUGAACUGCAUCAGCGCUUGUUAAAAUCUUCCCCAUUGACACAUCCACGCUGAUGCUGAACGAAACCAUGUUUAACAGCAGCAAGGGGGAAAACUGGGACAUCUUCACCUUCUGUGAUGAUCACAUUUGGGAUUCUGCCCUUUUCUGGAACAACUCUUGGCCUCAAACAACGCGAUGCUUCCAGAACACAAUCCUAUUGCCCCUUCCAUGCUACUAUGCUAUUUUCUCACUGUUUGUGUAUAUCUGUUGUUUAUGGAGGAGAAAGCCAAGUAGUGUGCAUUGGGAUCUGAUGUUUGUUCUAAAACUGUUUGUUUGUGGCUUGCUUAUAGCUACAGAGAUUGUUCCAUGUUUUCUGAAGUCCAACAGUCUUCUAAUUGGCUCUGCAGUAUACCUCAGUAUAAUCAAAACUAUAACAUAUGUGCUAGUUCUGCUCACAGUCAUCCUAGAACAAAAAUGUUCCAUGUUGCAGUCACCGCUGUUAUUUCUGUUCUUCUUACUUCUCUUGUUGACACAUGUGGUUCCAUUUUACUCCAGGAUCAUCUUACAGGAAUAUGAGACAAGUGUUGUGUCUUUUGUCUUGUUUUACUUUAACUUUGGGACCAUUUUGUGUGCAACAGUUCUGUAUGGCUUUAAUAAUAAACAUCCAAACUUUAAGCCCUCAUCAAUAGAAGCUGAUGCUCCAUUACUUUCUAAGUUUACAUUAAACUGGGUGAUGAGUCUAGUAGUUAAAGGCUACAAGAAACCAUUGACUGAGACAGACAUUUUUUCACUUAAAAACAGUGAAAAAUCUGAAACAGUUGUGCUUUCAUUUCUAGAGAAUCUUUCAAAAUACAGCAGAGGGCAAGCUGCUAAUGCUAGCAAGUACAAGGACAGAGAACAUCAGAACUUGAACACAAAUUUUUCCAAAUCCAAACAGACAUUGCAUUAUCCCCCUUUGGUGGGCAAACAUCCUAGUCAUAAAGUGACAGCUGAAGCUAAAGAAGAAGAAAUCUUUUCUGAUCUACAGAAUGAAAAUUUUUGUUUCCUUCCUUCUGCUGAAUCUCAUGAGACCAGCAGAUCUGGGAUUGUGUUGUGGAAGGUAAUCCUGCGCACAUUUUGGAAGCAAGUCCUAAAAUGCUGUUUGCUGAGUCAGCUGGCUAAAGUUUUUACUCUUCUUUGUCCAGUGCUUCUUAAGUUGUUCAUAGAUUUUUCAAUGGCCAAAGAUGAGCCAGUCUGGCAUGGCUAUUUGUUGGCAACAGCUCUGUUUUUGUCAUCAGUUCUGUCACAAAUCAUCUAUGAGAGCUACAUGUUCCAGUGCAACCUAACAACAAUACGAGUUAGAGCAGCCCUUGUAUCAGCUAUUUAUAGGAAGACUUUAUCUCUCAGCACAGAAGCAAGGCAAGUUAUGUCUUUGGGGGAGGUAAUUCAAUUGAUCUCAAAGGAUGCUGACACAGUGUAUACAAUGCUAAAUGAAGGUUUCGUUUUGAUUGAUACACCAUUAGAUUUUUUAGUUGGACUGAUCAUGAUAUACUACACUGUUGGGGUUGCUAUGUUUGCAGGUCUUGCCACAUUGGUUUUCCUCUUUAUUCUAAAACUGAUUACUUCUCGCUUACAACUUCAGUGUGAGAAAGACUUAAGGGAAGCAGCAGAUAGGAGAAUGAAAAUAACAUCUCAGGUUUUUACCGGAAUCAAGGUUUUAAAACUUUAUGCAUGGGAGGAAGCAUUUAAAACGCAGAUGAACAAUAUAAGGAGAGAUGAACUAAAUGCUGUGUUCAGAUUCUAUUGUUUAAGAUUGGCCUCAACCUUUUCCUGGACUGGAGCUGUCUUCUGGCUGACUUUCUUCACCUUUCUGACCUACAUCCUUGUUGACCAAGAAAAUUACCUAACUGCAUCAGUGGUGUUUGUCACUAUUUCAUACCUUGGUAUAGUUCGUACAGCAAUCAAUUUUUUUGGUUAUAGCUUGGAUUAUGUCAUUGCUGGUUUUGUGUCUUCAAGACGCCUAAUCAAGUUUCUUGAUUUAAAAGACAUAGAAAGGUGGUCACCAGCAGAGCAUGUUUCCUCUCAGAUGACUGACGAUGAUGCCAUUUUAAUAUCUAAUGGGAAUUUCGGAUGGUCUUCAAAUUCUGAAGCUACCCUUAAAAACAUUUGUUUACAAGUCCCAAAGGGUAGUCUUGUAGCUGUUGUGGGUAUGGUAGGAAGUGGCAAGUCUUCACUUCUGUCUGCUAUCUUGGGAGAGAUGGUUGUACAUAGUGGACAUGUUAACAAACAGGGUACCAUUGGGUAUAUACCACAAGAAGCAUGGAUACAACAUAACACAUUGAGAGAAAAUAUUCUGUUUGGGUCUGAGAUGAGAGAUGAUGAGUACACUGAAGUCAUUAAAGCAUGUGCCUUGGGACCUGACCUAGAGGUUCUUCCCUCUGGUGAUGACACAGAAAUUGGAGAAAAUGGCAUAAAUUUGAGUGGAGGUCAGAAGCAGAGGGUCAGCCUGGCCAGAGCUGUGUACCACAAGAGUGAUAUCUACCUUCUAGAUGACCCACUUAGUGCUGUAGACAGUCAUGUAGGGAGACACAUAUUUGACCAUGUGAUUGGUAAAAAUGGACUUCUAAAACAUAAGACAAGAGUUCUAGUAACUCAUGGAUUACAAUGGUUGCCAGAAGUUGACAGAGUGUUUGUCAUGACAGAUGGGCAGUGUACAGAACAGGGAUCAUUUGAGGAACUCAUGUCACAUAAUGGCCCCUUUUCUCAGUUCUUGUCUCAGUAUCUCUCUCAACAGCAGGCACAAACAGAGGGGGUUAAAAUCAGGGAUGGAAAUGUAAACUUGAAAGAUGAAGAAGAAUCAGUCUCUAUUAAUGAACUUGAAAAUGAAGAAACUAGGAAAGAUGUCUUUAAAAGGCUUGUCUCAAGUGAUAAUAUCAAUGAAAAUGAACUUGAAAAGCAUUUUGAAGACAACAAGCAACCCGCAUUUGUUAAACAAGAGAAUAUGAAUGUUGUUGAAGCUGAAGAGUUUGACGCAUCAUCUAAACUAAUCCAGGAGGAAGAGAUUGCAACUGGCAGGGUCAGCUGGUCAGUGUACACAUCAUUCUGGAAGUCCAUGGGCUAUUUUUCUAUUUCUGUAAUGAGUCUGCUGUUCCUCUCCUGUUUUGUUUUUGAACUGGUGGCUGGAUUUUGGUUAUCCUACUGGGUGGACAGCCCACUACUCAACAAUCAUUCUCUACCUGCUCAUAGCCCAGAGAGGCAUGCUGAGAAUAUCUAUUUUGUGUCUAUUUAUAGCAUAUGGGGCAUACUAGAGACUGUAGUGGUGAUUAUAUUUUCCAUAAUUAAAGCAUUUAGACAUAGACAUGCAGCGAGAAAUAUUUAUGAGCAGUUAAUCAACAGCAUUUUGACCAGUCCAAUUCAGUUCUUUGAAACCACACCAAUUGGGAGAGUCUUGUCAAGAGUCUCCAAGGAUAUGAGUGUAGUUGACAUGACUCUGGUGUUGUCAAUGGAAUUCUUUCUUCAUACAAUCUGUGCCCUUUUGUGUAUGAUUGUAGCCAUCAUUAUCAAUGUGCCGGUCUACCUAGCUGUAGUAAUUCCUGUUCUGCUCCUAUUUUAUUUUAUUGAGAAACUUUAUUUACCAACAUCGUGCCAGUUACGAAGGUUGGAGAGAAAGGGGUUGUCACCCAUCCUAAGUCACACAAGUGAAUCCUUUGCUGGUAGGAGUGUUAUAUGUGCUUUCAGAGAAGAGGAAAGAUUCAUCAAGGAAGCUGAGGAGAAGGUGGACUUUUUCCAACAGAAAACUUACACAAGUAUGGCUUGUGAAAGAUGGCUAUCAAUUCGUUUGGGUGUUAUAAGUGAUGUCUUAGUUUUGAUUGCUGGGAUACUCUGUGUGGCUUAUCGUGAACAACUUUCUCCUGGGCUCAUUGGUCUUUCAAUGAGCAUGGCAUUAACAAUAACAUGGAACAUGCAGCUGCAAGUAAGAGUAGCAAGUAUUCUAGAAAUGGAUAUUGUUUCAGUGGAGAGGAUUCUUCAAUAUAUUAAUUUACCAUCUGAAGCACCUCGCCAUUUGCCAUGCCCUGGUUACAACCAGCAUUGGCCUCAGACAGGAGAUAUAAUCUUUAAAGAUGUUUGCGUACAAUACAGAAAGGGGUUGGAUUUGGUUCUUAAGAAAAUAAGUUUUCAUGUUCAGGAUGGUGAAAAGGUAGGAAUUGUAGGUAGAACAGGUGCUGGAAAAUCAUCCCUUCUCUUAACUCUGUUUCGAUUGGUCGAGCCCUGUGAUGGACAAAUCUUUAUUGAUGGUUUGAAUAUUAGUAAACUUGGUCUCUAUGAUCUCAGACAGAAGUUAACUAUUUUACCUCAGGACCCAGUGUUGUUUACUGGUACUCUGAGGACCAACUUAGACCCUUUUGAUGAAUUUCAAGAGAAAGAAAUAUGGACAUCGCUAGAACAUUGUCAUCUCAUGUCUUUUGUGAAGAACUUACCAGAAGGGCUGGACUAUGAAGUUGGGGAAGGAGGUACAAAUUUGAGUAUUGGACAGAGACAGCUUGUAUGUUUGGGGAGGGUGUUGCUAAGGAAAACAAAAAUCUUGGUGCUGGAUGAAGCCACAGCAGCUGUGGACGUAGAGACAGAUGAACUGAUUCAAAAGACAAUCAGGUCUGAGUUCCAGGGCUGUACUGUGUUAACCAUUGCACAUAGGCUCAACACUGUCAUGGAUUACGACAGAAUUUUGGUUCUAGACAAGGGGAGAGUAUCAGAGUUUGAUUCCCCAGCUGUUUUACUGAAUGAUGUCAACUCUUUGUUUUACAAGAUGACAGCAGAGUCACAAGCAUUGAGAUUAAAAAAUUCUUAGACACAAGCUCAUAUUAUUAAUUUCUUAAUGUUAUACAUAUUUCUAAAGGAACAUAUUUAGUAAGUUGUCUUUCUAGAAUCAAGUAACAUUCCCUUUUGUUUUGAUCUCCAACGAAUUUACAGUAUUUAUUCAUAUUUAAUAACAUCUAUAGAUUUUUUGUAAACAAAAAAGUUAGUACAAAAUUAAAAAGGUACAACAUAUACUUUAAAACAUAUGUCAAACAUAUAGAAAACAGAAGCCUUAUCAUUCAAAUUAUUAUAUACAUUGCAUUUUGUCAUAAAGUUGUUAGUUUAUAUUUAUAAUAUAGGCCUAUUUCUGUAAAUGUUUUGAAAAAUAAAUGCAUUAAUGAAUGCAUUAAAAUAAUGUUUUAGGCAUUAAUGUAUUGUCUAAUGAAUUGUAAAACAUGUUAUUUGACUUUUUUUUAAACUACUAUUUCACACAAAAAUCUUUACCCAAAGUUUUUUGUGGAAACAUUCAUAUUGCAUUUUAAUGUAAUUUAUGUAUAUUUAUUAAUUAAUGUGACAUACGGGACAUGUAGUUUAAUUAUAAAUCAAUGGCUACAUGACUAGGCCUACUUUAUUUUGAAAGAAUUACUAGUACCAAACAGUAUUAUUUUUAAAAAUACUUUUUAAUAAUUUAUUAUCUUUUUGU